CAGGAGGACAGACAGACACACAGACAGACAGACAGACAGACAGACACACAGACAGACAGACAGACAGACAGACAGACAUACAGGAGGACAGACAGGAUAUAAGAGUAAACGGGGCUGACACACACUUGUAGUCUGAGUGGAGGGAGCCUCUCUCACACACAUUUACACACACACACACACACACACACUCCGGCUCUGCCGCUCCACGCGUGCAGCCUGGACAGAGACCAGCCUGCAGCUCAGCAGCUGAAUUCUUUGAUUUCACUCUUUUCUGAUCUGUAUGCAAAACUUUCCGUCCAGAUAAUCUGAAGUUAAUCUGAGCUGCUUCAUGUGAGCACAAACACCGUGAUCCGGACUCAGGGCUGCAGGGAUCCGAACUCAGGGCUGCAGGGAUCCGGACUGAGGACUGCAGUGAUCCGGACUCAGGGCUGCAGCUUUCUUUUUCUGCUUUCAUUCACUUAAAGUGAUUAUUUUUUACUUUGGUUUUCCUGGACUUGAAACUCCCGGGGACAAACAACCGCGGAGGACAUGCGGGGGCUUGUGGCCAUGUUGGCCGCGUUUGCACUCCUCUCUGCCGGGUUGAGGAGCUCCGCGGGGGAGAUGCAGAGCUCCGCGGCCGAGAAGGAGAGCGCGGAGCCCGGGGGGAGCAGCUCCAGGGUGGAGGGGGACUCAGUAGCGGGGCGGAGCAGCUGCCCUGCCCGCUGUCGGUGCGACCUGGACGGGCUGCUGCACCGGGUGGACUGUUCGGACCUGGGACUCCGGGAGAUCCCGAACAACCUGAGCGUGUUCACGUCUUACCUAGAUCUCAGUAUGAAUAAUCUGACGGGGAUGUCCAGCGGAGCUCUGUCAAAGCUGCACUUCCUGGAGGAGCUGCGUUUGGCAGGAAACGAUCUGUCCGCCAUCCCCAAAGGAGCGUUCAACGGCCUCUACAACCUCAAAGUGCUGAUGCUUCAAAACAACCAGCUGAAGUCUGUUCCUGAUGAGGCCUUCAGGAACCUGCACAACCUGCAGUCACUCCGUCUCGAUGCUAACCACAUCUCCAGCGUUCCCGCCGGAUGUUUCUCCGGCCUGCGUUCGCUGCGUCACUUGUGGUUGGACGAUAACUCUCUGGUCGAGGUGCCGGUGGAGGCGUUGAGCGACCUGACCGCCCUGCAGGCCAUGACGCUCGCCCUCAACCACAUCAACCACGUUCCGGAUCACGCCUUCAGCAAGCUGGACCGCCUGGUGGUGCUGCAUCUCAACAACAAUAGGAUCGUUUCCAUGGGAACGAACUGCUUCCACGGACUCCACAGUUUGGAGACGCUGGAUUUGAACUACAACACCCUGGUGGAGUUUCCGACGGCCGUCCGCUCGCUCGGCCACCUGAAGGAGCUUGGUUUCCAUAGCAACAACAUCCAGUCCAUCCCGGAGCACGCCUUCACGGGAAACCCCUCGCUGAUCACCAUAUUCUUCUACGACAACCCGAUCCAGUCUGUGGGACGUUCCGCCUUCCAGAACCUCCCGGAGCUCCGAACACUCUCGCUGAACGGAGCCGCAGACCUCACCGAGUUUCCAGGUCUGACGGGAACCAAGAGUCUGGAGAGCCUGACUAUAACAGGAGCUCGGAUCACCUCUCUGCCUGCUUCAGUGUGUGAGCAGCUUCCAAACCUUCAGCUGCUUGAUCUCUCCUACAAUCAGAUCGAGAGUCUGCCCAGCUUCUCCGGCUGUGAGAGCGUCCACAAGAUCGAUCUGCACCAUAACGAGAUAGAGGAACUGGAGGAGAACACCUUCCACGGUCUGAUGUCACUACGCUCUCUUGAUCUAUCGUGGAACAAACUGUCAUCAGUGAAGCCGAACUCUUUCUCUGCUCUGCCCGCUCUCUCCAAACUCGACCUGUCGUCCAAUCGCCUGUCGUCCUUGCCUCUGAUUGGUCUGCAGAGUUUAACUCACCUGCGAUUGGCUGGAAACAUGGAGCUGAUGGAGUUACUCCCCCGAGAGGACCUGCCCAGAGUCAGGGUGAUUGAGCUGCCCUACGCCUUCCAGUGCUGUGCCUUCGUCUCCUGUGAGAGGAGAGGAGGAGGAGGCUCAUCCUGGGAGAGAGAGGAGGCAGCAGUCUCUACGAGGAGAGAAUCCUCCGUCCUCUCCAGCCAAGUGGAUCAGGACUGGGAGGAUUUUCUGAUAGAGUUUGAGAAUGAACCCAAACUGGAACACUCUGUGCACUGCAGCCCUGCGCCAGGACCGUUCCGCCCUUGCCUCCAUCUUCUUGGCAGCUGGUUGAUCCGUGGAGGGGUGUGGCUUAUCGCAGCUCUUUCAUUGGUCAGCAACAGCCUGGUCGUCCUGUCAGUCUUCUUUUCCCCCGCCUCCUCAGUGUCAACACCCAAGCUGUUGAUUGGUCUACUGGCCCUGGUGAACGGUCUGAUGGGGGUGUGGAGUGGAUGGUUGGCAGCAGUGGAUGCCUGGACGUUUGGCAGCUUCUGGAGGUACGGUGCGAGGUGGGAAAGCAGCUUCCUGUGUCGACUCAGCGGCUUCCUGGGUUUAUUUGCGUCUCAGACCGGCCUCUUCCUGUUAACCCUUGCAGCACUCGAGCGAUGCAUGAACGCUGCACAUCGCCACAACAAAACCGACGGACACAAAGGCCGCCCUUCAUUGCUGUUCACCAUCCGUGUGUCGGUUUGUCUGUGCUUCCUGUUGGGCCUGUCCUUCACACUGCCCCCCCUGGUGGCGGGACACAGCAGUACCUCGCUCUGUUUGCCGCUGCCUUCCUCCUCCCACUCGUCCUCCUUGGCCUUCUCCGUCUCCCUGGUGCUCCUCGACUCGUUGUGUUUCCUCAUCAUGACGCUCGCCUACACUCACCUUUACUGCCGGGUCAACAAAGCCCCGCCCCCCUCUGAAGAGGAGGCGGCGUUGACCCGACAUGUGGCCUGGCUGCUGUUCUCUGACUGCCUCCUUUACCUCCCCGUCGCCUUCCUCUCCUUCUCCUCCAUGCUGCAUAUCCCUGCAGCCGGGCCGGAGGCCGCCAAGGGGAUGCUGCUCCUCGUGGCUCCGCUGCCCGCCUGCGUCAACCCGCUGCUCUACAUCCUGUUCAACCCGUUCGCCCGGCAGGAGCUGGCGGCGCUCGCCAAAUGCACCUGCAGGUGUGUGACGGUGCCACGACUCCUCAGAGGAGGACGAGGAGGCGGAGGAAGGUCGAGCACGAUGGAGCCAACGUACGAUGAGGACGCAGAGAAACAGUCCUGUGACUCGACGCAGGCGCUGGUCGUAGUCGGAGGAACGAAGGAGGAAGAGGAGGAGGAAAGAGGAAGAGGGAGAAGGGAGACACGACAUUCAGUGGCGUUUGUUGUUCCACAUCACUAAACUGACAGACACACACACAGACACAGACA